UUUAUCAACCCUUUUUUUGAUUAUAUGUGCAUAAGCUUAAAUGAUAGUUAAUUACAGUGGUAAUUUGGCAAUUUGAUGUUGCUUUUUGAGAGGGAAACAACUGUAUGAAGUGCACUAUGAUUCCGAUGACUCCGAAAGUGUAGUGCUAUGCAUCACUCAUCAGUAUGUGGAAGUUGUGCUCUUGAUUAUCUGUCUUGAUAAUUUUACUUGAUUUUUUCAGCAUGGUUAUUUUAUCGAUUUGAAAAGUUGAAGAUUGCAAUUAUAGGAGAAGCUUGGAGAAGGAUGAUGAUUGUCUUAUUGAAAGGUAUGCAAUUUAUUUUUUUACUUUUACUUUCAAAUAUGCGAUUUUGGGGUUAAUGCUUUAUGUGACAAUGUAAAAAGCAAUUGCUUAAUAUUUAUUCAUGAAUUAUAACUUCAGGCUUUUGCUGUGAUGGUUUAUUCUUGAAAAUUUUGCUAAAAUUGCAAUAUAACUGAAUUGGUAUUAAGGGAUUUAGAGGCUGUUUCAAAUUGCUCAACUAUGUGAGAAUUCACGUUACCUGAUGACUUUGUGACUUCUGAAGUGUCAGCGUUUAAACCCCCAACUUUAGCAUGGUGCUCACUGCUCAGAAUUCACAUUAUCUCUGCUCUUUGUAGUUGAGGCUGAUUGGUUUUUGAUGUUUAUUUUGACUUUCCCCUGGUUUGCCACCUUGUCAUUUUUCUGUGGUAGGCCUACUGUUGCUGCUGUUAUUGAUUUUAUGAGUGGUAUCAAUAUUGAAAAAGCAAGCUAUGUACUGUCACUCUGUCAAUGAUAGUAGAUUAGUGGACUCAUCAUAGUGAAGUUCUCAUUGAAGGUGUUGAUUUUGUUAUUCUGCUUUUUUUUAAAGGUCUCUUUGGUAAGGAGAAUUCCAGAAUUUUGUUUUACUCAAUCUUGAAUAUGGCACGUGCCCGAAUAGUUCUUGUGAUGGAGUAUGAAACUAAGCUUGCUUCUUUGUCUCAAGAUAAUGUUCUUACUAAUGUUGACGUCCACUUGAGCUUGCCCCUUACCUUACUAUAAUAUUAUGCUGUAUUUCUUGCUCCCAUACUUAUGAUAUUGAGUUUUUUUAGCAUAGGCAUUUGUUGCGAUAGUUUUUCUGAGAAUUAGUGAUGAAAGUCUUUCUCUGCAGCCCUUAUAAUCUAAUAUUAGGGCCUAUGACAAGGUAAACCCAGUGGGGCAGUUCAUUUGUGGGGGUACUCCACCUUUAUGAAUAUGUUUUCUAUGUUUCCUUCUGAUAUUAUUCUUUGUGAUUUUGUCUAUAUAUAUAUGAAUUUUUUUUUGGUGGUAUGCUUCUUAUGCUCUUGACUGGGACAUUGCAUUGUGGACGGUAUGCUUCUUAUGUUCUUGACUGGGACAUUGCAUUGUGGACUACUUUUUUCUUUUCCAGGAGGCCACCAGGCGGUUUACCACUGACUGCUGCAUCAGCUUCUAAUUGUGCAGCGGGAUUAUGUUUUGGUCUUAAUUAUCCAAACUACUAUGGGCAGCUUAAAGAAUGUCAACGGAUAGCUGUUGCAACAAUGUACUCGCGGAAGAUGCUGAAACAAUAUGCAAUAAUGGCGUUGGUGACACUUAGCACCCUAUCAUUUUCUGUCGAUAGGCCUACAAUUACUGCUGUUAUGGAUUUUAUGUGUGGUAUCAAAUGUUGAAGAAGCAAGAUAUGAAACUGUCAGUGACAGUAAAUCAAUAGACACUCAUCAACAUGAAAUUCCUGUUGACGGUGUUGAUCCAUCAACUUCUGUUGCACUGUCUGUUUGCCAAAGGUCUCUUAAGAAGGGGGUAGUUUAGAGUAAUUUUGAGCUUGGUCUUGAAUAUGGCAUGUGCACAAAUAGUUCUUGUGAUGGAGGAUAAAACUAAGCUCACCACUUUGU